UAUGUUUAUUUUAAAAAAAUGAAAUGAUUGACAUGACCAAUAUUUUUUUAUUACAAUAAUAAUUCAAGAUGAGUUCAUCAAAUAAUUCAUUCAUGGAUCGCCGACAAAUGAAUAGACAUUAUUAUGCCAAACAAAUCGAUUCAUCGGAAUUGAUUCAAGAAAUUCAACUUAGUUUAAUGUAUCUAAUUCGAAUGAUAUUUUCAGCUAUUCAAUCAUCAAUAAAACAUUUCGUUAAGCGAAUCAUCCAUAGAUUGAAUGAAUUGUACAUAAAUUCUGCAUUGAAUAUUUUAGUUUUCAAAUUGAGAACUUAUUCAUUGAUCAGACAAAGUCGACAAAAUGGAUUAAUGGAAUGGCUACAAAAACAAUUAUCAUCACCAUCGUUUAAGCCGAAUAAUUUCAAUGACGAUUGGCGUGAUGGAAUACGUUUAUGCGCACUUUGUGAAACAAUCAGACCUGGAUCUUGUCCUCGUUUCGAUCUCCUUAAUCCCAAUAAUUAUGUCAAUAAUCUCAAAUUGGCAUUUUACCUUAUCCGAAAUAAUCUGAACAUACAAACGGAUUUAAAUGUUAAAGAAAUAUAUGAAUGCUAUAACGAAGCUAAAAUAAUACAUCUAUUAUCUCAAAUGAAAAAAGUACAUACAGAAUCAAUGUUACUAAAAUCAGAUCCUAUUCGUACACGUCAUUCGAAACAAUGGAUAAAUCAAAUAAUUUCCAAAAUCAAAUAUCUUGAAUCACAUGAUCAAUUUUUAAAUGAUUAUAAAAUUAAAGGUAUGGGCAUAACAUUAGGUGUUCGUAGUCGUCGGACACGAUUUAGCAUCUAUUAUGCAUCCUAUCCGCGUGAAUUUUCGUUUAUCAUCGAAAUAUUAGGUCCGAUCGGAUCAUUUUGUUCCGAAAAAAUCGAAAUUGAUAAUAGUAAACGAUUACAAAAUGUAGUUCGGUCAAGUUUUUAUCGUGAUGAAAUGACACAAAAUCUAACGAUGAAAGCAGCAAUGAAAAUCAAAUACAACCGAAUGAAUUUAAAAAUACCAUUCUUUUUUGAAUUAAUGGACGAUCAUAUUCUAAUCACUUAUAUACCACUUUAUGCCGGUGAACAUCAAAUAAGUAUCAUUUGGCAAGGACAACAUAUUGUUGGAUCACCAUAUUAUGCUAUGAUCGAAGAAACGGAAUAUCUUCAACAAGAAUCCAAUGAAAUAGGACCGAAAUUUAUACCUGGUAUGCAAUAUCCAUUAUGUUUACUUCGAACAGAUCAAGAAUAUGGAUUAGAUGAAAUCGGAACAGUCAUACGAAAAAAAACGAUACGAAAAUCGAUUAUAAUCAAAGGAAAAGAAUAUGAUUACUAUAACUAUUUGGAACGAUUACAAAAAUCAAGGCAAUUCGAAUACCCAUUUACGAAUGUUCAGGAUAUUUUGAAAGAAAUAAAAAUUUCCAAUGAUCAUAACAAAAAACCAAUGUCAAUUUCGGACAGUUCACGAACAUCGUCUGUAGAUUCUGAAUGUUUAACACCUAAAUAUUCACCAAUACAACAUCAAUUGUCAUUACCGGAAGAAUCUUUAGACGAUAAUGUGAAUCCAUUAUCAAAGGAUGAACUUUUGGAAAAUGUAGAAACAAAAUCCAUUACACCACGAAUCAAAUCUAGAUUAUUUUCAAUGAAAAGAUUACGAUCACAUAAAUCAUUGAAUGAAAAUAAUAAUGAUUCAAAUGAGAUUGGUAAAAAACUAAAAAAAAAAGUCAAAAAUGAUUCUUUGGCAGUUAUUUUGUGUGGAAUAUUGAGCGGCCAAAUCAAACUAGAAGUUAAUGAUUUCAAGGGUGCCAAAGAAAUAAUUGAGAGUAUUGAUCAAAAGAUUGACAAUGAAUAUGGUAUCACAACUGUACAUGCACGUUUCUUUCAAUUAGCAUCGGAUUAUUAUCAAAAAAUUGGCGAUCACGCUGAAUAUUAUCGUAAUGCACUUCGAUAUCUUGGUUGUUGUAGUACAGCUGGUAUUGAAAUUCAAGAAAGCGAUGAAGUUUUAGCUCAACGUGCUUUUACCUUGUCAUUGGCUGCUAUACUUGGUCAAGAUAUCUUUAAUUUCGGUGAAUUAUUGCUUCAUCCGAUUCUUAAAAAAUUAAAACCCGAGCAUGAAUACAUGCGAGAAUUAUUGUUCGCGUUCAAUUUUGGAAAUAUGGCGAAAUUCAACGAAUUGAAACCAAAAUGGCAAACUCAACCAGAUCUUGUUGUACAUGAAGCAGAUAUGCGUAAAAAGAUUUGCCUUUUAUGUUUAAUGGAGAUGGCUUUUGCAUCGCCAAAUGCCGUAUUGACAUUCGAGAAAAUAGCCACCUCAACUGAUUGUCUAAAGAAUGAUGUCGAACUAAUGGUAAUGAAAGCAUUAUCCAAAGGUUUAAUAAAAGGUCACAUUGAUGAAGUUGAACAAAAAGUCACCAUCAGUUGGGUACAACCACGAGUAUUGAAUAAAGAUCAAAUUAGAGGGAUGCGUGAUCGCUUGGAUAAAUGGAUCAAAGAUAUUAAUGAUUUCUCGCGGAUUUUGGAGAAUAAAGCACAGGAUAUUAUGGCUUGAAUUUAGCAAUUUCAUCUGAAAAAAUAUGAAAUAUUUUACAAUAAAAAUGUACAAUUUAUUACUUUAUAAAGAAAAGUU